CUUAAUUCAUUGACCUUACGUCAAUGCCCCCGAUUAGGAUUUAUUGACCUCGACCGGUAAGCCUCAGUGGCUCACCGCACGUCCGCGUGCUUCUAUUCCAAUAACGUCAUGUCAUGGACGGCGUCAACGUAGUUUGGUCACUCAUUGUUCCCGUCAACAGCCUCGGUGGUUCCUGUCAUUGUAUCCUAAUUCGCCGUGAAGUCCAACACGAUUUCCAUCAAUAUAAAACAGUUUUUGCAAUUAGAAUCCCACUUAUUACGCGUUUGAACGUUUUGGCGUCGCUACCUAUCUGUGUGCAGUCAGCUUUUGAAAGUGUGAUGAGAUGAUUCCACGUUUUAAAUUGUAUUUUAAUUUUUUGAUAUGUGUUGCUCUUUUAACUUCGAGUGCAAGUGCGAGUACAUCUCCAGUGGUGAAGGAAGCUUUAGAAGAUCAUCUGAAGGAUGUUGCACACAAAGAAGGAGCAGAGUCGAUCAAAAUCGACAAACAAAAAGGCGAAAAAAUUCAUCAAAUUGAAAGUGAUAUAAAUGAAAGUCACAAAAACCAAUUUGCCAAAGCAACUGAUGAAGGGAAAUACUUGAAAAAGGAUCAUGAUUUGAAAGCGGCAUCUGAAAGCGAUGCAUAUGAAGGUUACAAUGCUAAACAGGAUAAAGCGGAAGACAGUCAAGCUAAUGGAUUCAAAAGAGGUCAUAAAAAGGGGCACCAUAAACAAGGUUUCCAGAACUCUUAUCACAAAGAUGAAUCAUCAAAUAAGAGUACCUUUUUUGAUGACUUCAACGAUGAAGGGGAUCAGGCUGCUUAUAAUAGUCGUUUAAAUACAUAUGAUAACCAAGGUGGUAGGAGUUAUCAGGGAUCUCAUAAAAAUGGAAAAGAACAAGUGCGAGAUGACUAUGCCGCUGGGGGUUACAACAGGCACGGUGAAAACGGCUUAAAACAUGUAGGGCAUCACGAUUAUGGAAAGAAAUACUAUUUGAAUGACGAUGAACAUUAUAAUAAACUUAACAAUGGCCAUAAUGCUUAUGACAGAAAUCGUCAUUAUGAUAGGCAAGAGCAACAUCUGCCCCCUCCACCUCCUCCCCCACCACCUAUUCAUCACCAUGAUCCAGCUUGGGAUUUAAAAGGUUGGGACGACAGACGUGGUUGGGAUGAUCGACGGGACUGGCACCGCGACGACUGGCAAAGGGAUCCCGGCUGGGAUAGACACUACGGCGGUCCAGGGUAUUAUGACGAUCAUGGCAUUCGACACGAUGGCGGAUAUGGCUAUGGACCUCACCAUGGUUAUGGGUAUGGAUACGAUGAAACUCGAGCAAAUCCAGUGGCUCAAAUCCCUAAGGACAGCCCUAUUGUUGCUCAACGAAAACAAACUAUUACGAUAUACGAAGAUCCCAGAUAUAAUGGAAAGGAUAAAGGGCAAUUACGACGUGAAGAAGGGGACUAUCUCGAAUUGGAAUUUAAACCAAGUAGUCAUCGUUAUGCUAGUUAUGACGAUACAUAUUAUAGUGCUCCAACCAGAGAAAAAGGAAUGGAGACUAGUAAAAUAAAUAGACUUGUGUAUAACUACAGACGUCAGUAAUAAGUGUAACGGGAGAAUAAUCUUAUUCCUAUUGCAUAAAAGUGCUUUCUAGAGAUACUCAUUAAAGUAUUCACUUAUUUAUUGUUAGGCAUGUUGUUUAGUCAUAUAAUUGAAUGGGGACGGUCAGACGGUGGUGGUUCGUCACAGGGCAAACUAAUAAGGGUAAUUUAUUAUACAAGUUUCAAUUGAAACUAUGGAAUUCGUUUUUAUCUCUAAGAAAUAAAAGCGAACUGUAAAUAAAUGGAAUCCAUUUCCA